GAUGACCUAAAGAGUUUUUGCAACUGCAAAACAUCACACACCUUGGUACAAGACUGACAUGAACUCUAAAUAAAUUCAUGAAAAAGUUAGGUUUUAAGUUAUCAGUUUGGACAAAUAGACCAAUGUGAUCUACAAAACAAGGAUGCUUUGCAUAUACAUUUUUUAUUUGUACCAAUUUAGAUGUAGCAGUUUUUAAAUUGUAAUAAUAAUAAUAAUUUCUAUCCCACAUCUGAUCUGUCUUUCAUCUCGAGAUUGGCAAUCUUAAUUUAAGUAUUCUUGGCCAAAUACUGGCAGUGCUUUGAUAUUGAUGUUGCAUAUAACUUUUAGGCUUCAAAGCUGUGCCUAAAGCUGUGCGUGUGGAAUCAUCCGAGUGGGUGCUCGUGUUCCGUGUUUUGGGGAUACGCUCCCGAGCAGCGACGAAUACCUUCGGCACGACACGCGCACUGCAUUUCCCAAAUCAUUCCCCCCGCGCGCGCGCGCCCCCUGUACGUUCUCUGUUUGGGCCAACCAAUCGGGAGCGCGCGCGGCCGAGGGGCGGGGCCGCGCGGAGGCAGCGCAGGCAGGGAUGAGAAACUUGCCCGGAUAUUUACCUAACUAUACCUGGCUUUUCCGACGAAGCCUGGCCCGCGGUGCUCACAGCGGACGCCGUGGAGGGACAUGAGCCGUCUCUGAAGCGUGACGGCCGAGAAGACAGGCUGGCGAGAUCUGCUCACCUGGAAACUCAGCCCAGGAUGAAUGUCUCCUCUCAGUGACGAACUGAGGACAGGGUGUUUGUCUUGAGAGGGAGGCAGAGUUACCGUGGUAACAGACAUGCCAAAACCGGACCUGCUCUGCCUCGUUCAGCUGCUGGACGGCACCAUCGAGACCUUCAGAGUGAGCAAGCAGGAUGAAGGUGUGGUUCUGCUGGACCUGGUAUGUGACCACCUGGGCCUGCAGGAGAAGCAGCUCUUCAGUCUGCAGAUCAGAGAAUCCAGCACAGCCAUUGCCUCGAUCACGGCCAACACACACUCUCCUAGAUGGUUGGAGCCAGAGAAGCCUCUGAAAAAGCAGAUUAAAGGUCUUGCUUCCCCCUUUUAUCUGAACUUCAGAGUGCGAUUCUUCAUCUCUGAUCCAAACUCUCUGCAGCAUGAGCAGACAAGGCACUUGUACUUCCUCCAAAUCAGGAGUGACAUAAAAGAAGGACGGUUGCAGUGCCCGCUGAGCUCAGCUGUAGUGCUGGCUUCUUACGCCGUGCAGUCGGAGAUGGGGGAUCACUGUCCGUCCCGACAACCUGGUUACCUCUCAAAAUGCCACUUCAUCCCACAACAAGAUGAAGACUUCCUUUCAAAAGUGGAAGAUCUGCAUCCACAACACAAAGGGCUUAAGCAGAGCGAGGUGGAACUGUGUUUUCUCAACACAGCACGGACGCUGGAUUGGUACGGCGUGGAGCUUCAUUCUGCCAUGGACAUCAAAAAUGCACCUCUGAUGGUGGGGUUGACCUCAAAUGGUGUUGCAAUAUUCUGUAAUAUGGUUUGCUCCAACUUCUUUCCUUGGGGGAACAUCAUCAAGAUUUCAUUUAAGAAGAGACGCUUUAUUAUUCACCUGAAACGCAAACACGGGGAAACCCAAAACUGUGAGAUGUCUCUGGUCUUGCCUUGCCCCAAGACUUGUAAGAACCUGUGGCGGUCCUGUGUGGAUCAUCACUCCUUCUUCUCCAACCGCUCGGCCAGGAACCCCAAAUAUAACAACAGCACUAUCCAGUCCUACAAGUCGUUGAUAACGCAACACCUGGGACUCGGCAACAGUAAAACCGACACUAGCAGCGGUCCGGUCUGCCAGCGUGUAGUCGGAGGAAUGGUGUGGAACCCGGUUUUGAGGCGGUCGCUCUCAUCAGAGCAUCUGGAAACCAAGAGCCUGCCCUCCAGAUCGCCCCCAUCCACUCCCAACUGGCGAAGUCCCCGAGUCCGCCACGGGAUUCGUAAACCCCGCCCAUCUUCUAUGGAGCUCUCCACUGAUCUGAAAGACAUGUCAGAGGGGGAGGAUGUCUUCUACACCUACAGGGCGUCUGUGAGCAGCAGCAAGUACAGUGAAGGAGACUCCUCUUCUCAACACCUUUCUGGCCCUUACAAUCAAGAAGCAGAUGGGACUUUGUUGCAGACUGACAACAGUAUAGGAGAGGAUGACAGCUCACCACACUAUGAUAAGGACGGUCUUGGUGACGGUGACUUGAUGCUAAUAUGUAUCACUCCAGACCACGAGGGUAAAUUUGGCUUUAACGUUAAAGGUGGAGUUGAUCAGAGGAUGCCCUUAUCCAUAUCCCACGUUAAACAGGACUCCCCGGCAGGUCGAUCUGAGCCCAGACUCAUGGAGGGGGACCAGGUGGUGCUGAUCAACGGUCGGGACAUUUCUGAGCACACACACACCCAGGUUGUGAUGUUCAUACGAGCCAGCACAGAGUCACACUCCAGACAGCUGGCUUUGCUUAUCAGACGGAAAGGUUCAGGCCGAGCAACGCCCCUGCUGCAGCUACUUCCCUCCCUCACACUCACCAACCAAUCACAGGAAAACACCCCACAGCCCGCUGGCCAUUUCGAGCAGGUCAAGACAUUGGAGGACUCCAUGAGACAGCUGGAGAGAGGAAUACAGUCUGGCACACUGUGCUUCCAUUUUGAGAAUUUAUACAGAAGAAAGCCUGGUCUGUCACUAAACUGUGCCCGUCUUCCUGAGAACCUGGACAAGAAUCGGUACUGGGAUGUUUUGCCCUAUGAUGCUACCAGAGUGGUGCUUGAGGGUCAGGAAGACUACAUCAAUGCUAGCUACAUCACGGUGGCGCCCCCAGAGUCUGGUGUAUGUUUCCGUUAUGUUGCGGCCCAGGGUCCACUACCACAGACCUUCACACACUUUUGGCAGAGUGUGUGGGAGCAACAGACACACACCGUCAUCAUGCUCACAACUCUUACAGAGAGGGGACGGACCAAGUGCCACCAGUACUGGCCCCAUCCACCAGAAGUGAAGGAUUAUGGGCACUUGAGGGUGAAGUGUCACUCGGAGGAGUGUAACCUGGCGUACGUGACCCGACAGUUCACCCUGAAACACACACAGCUGGGCGAGGAGCGAGCAGUCACCCAUCUGCAGUACGUCGCGUGGCCGGACCACGGCGUUCCGGACGACCCCUCCGAUUUUCUGCUUUUCAUCAGCUCAGUGAGGGACAGGAGGACGGGAGAAGAGCCGUUGAUGGUACACUGCAGUGCCGGGAUCGGACGGACAGGUGUUCUGAUCACCAUGGAAACGGCCCUGACUCUGUUGGAUGAGGGCCGGCCGGUGUUUCCGCUGGAUAUUGUGAAAACACUGAGAGAUCAGCGAGGGAUGAUGGUUCAGACCACGAGUCAGUUCCAGUUUGUGUGUGAGGCCAUUCUGCGAGUCUACAAAGAGAAACAGGAAAAGUCCAUUUCAUCUUAACCCAAAUCAUCAUCAGAACCAGACCUGAAACCAGAAACUCCACUCAUAGUAGGCGUCUGACAGAGAGAGCCGCAAAGCUCAAACAGAUUAAACUCCGUCAAGCUUAUGGGACUGGAAUAUGGACUGGAUAAUGAGACUAUAGCAAGCCUCAGAGCACAGCUGUCCGUGGUUUGUGUAGCUAUGUGAAAGCACGACUCUUUCUUUUAGCCAGCUUUUUUUGUUGUUCAAAGUGUGUUAAGCUUAUAGAGGCUGUGGUCUCUGUACACCAGCUGCUAAUUCCUGUACAAGAGGUAUGAAAUGAGGGCGUCUUCUCAUUAAGUGCCUUAGACUGAUGCUUCCCUGUCAGUACGUCCAUCAGGGUAGCCGAGGCAGACCAGGAUUGUUGUAAUCUGUAGUUUAUCUCUUGAAUCCCAAGAGGAGCAAAGCUGACUUUAAAUCACUACAGCGGAUACUGUGUGGUCAGGGGUGGUGCAGCUGCCAGAUGAGCACCAGAUUCAAUGUUAAUCACAUUUAAAUUAUUCAGACAAUAAAUAAACUCACUGAUUCAUA